UAGUUUUUCAUGCUUAGUUCGAGCGAAGUAUUAUUUGGGUAGAAAUGAAUUGAAAUGAAUUCACAUUCCUAGAUGUUGUAACCGAACAAUGUGGCAAUGUCGAAAACGUUAUGUAUUGUUUUCUAUGGAUUAUUUCGUUCGAUGAAAGCAGAUACGUCAUAUUGUAGUGAAGAUGUACAGCUGAAAAUUUUCAAAGCCCUGACAGUUAUAUCUUCAAAGCUCAACAUGAUACAAAAAACUGCUAAUUCAAUUCUGCGCAUUCAUCAUGUUAUCGAUGAGCCAAUGCUAGAUCCGAAUUUAUUCAACACUUCCAAAAUUUCCAUGAACUUGCCCAUUAAAGAUGAAACUGAACUAGAAAAAAUGGAAAACUGGUUGAGAGAAUCUACAGAAAACCCAAUAAUGCUAUCCAACGAACUCAGUUUCUUGGGUGGCACAAAUUUGAAAGAUGUCACCAGAAAAAUAUUAUAUAAAACACUUUCCAACGAGAUUGGUUCUUUAUUUUCGUGGGAUGGAGCAAAAGGAAAGCGUCAAUUCAAGAAACAAAAACUGGCAAACGUUAUCAUAAGAGCAGUAAGAUUGAAUGUGGUAUCGGCAUCAUCAACAGAAUCGGAUAUAAUUGACGUUAUCAAACAUUGGCUGGUACGCAGUAAGGAACGCAUGGAAAGAGGUAUGAUGAAACUGAAAUAAC